GGCCUGUGCGGGCCGCGCGGGGCGGGCGGCGCUGUUCCCCAGCGCCCGCCGAGGCUGGGCCGCCCUGCGGCCCCCCGACCCGCGCCCCGCGCCGAAGUCAUGGCGCGGCCGCGCGGCCUGGGCCGCAUACCCGAACUGCAGCUGGAGGCCUUCCCGGCGGCGGCAGCGGCGGCCACCGAGGACGAGGCGUUCCUGCCCGAGCCCCCGGCCCCGCGCGCGCCCCGCCGCCCACGUUCGCCACCUUCCUCGCCUGUCUUCUUUGCCAGCCCGUCCCCAACUUUCCGCAGGCGCCUUCGGCUUCUCCGCGGCUUUCAGGAUUUCGGUCGCCAGGCGUGGGCCGGGGCAGCGAUAAAAAUCAAGUCUGCUCGCCAGGGUUGCUGUGGAGACAUCUGAUAAGGCAUGCAGUAGGCGCUCAAUAAACGCUAUGUUCCUCCCACUUCCUGUGCAGACCUGAAGCUGCGGUCAGGCUUUGGGGGAGUGAAGCCAACCUGCCAUCCAGGGUGAUGUGGGGACAUGUGUUCAGUUGUGUUAUCCUUAGUCCACAGGCCUGUGAAAUGGGGCCAGCGCUGCCCUCUGGGGGUUGCCUUGCCAGGAGGCACUGGAAUAUUACCGCGUGCACCGAGCAAGGAGGGCAAAUGGAAGUUCCCUUCCUGGCCAGACCCGGGGUGGGCCGCGGCGGCGGGCAGCUUGGGGGUGAGGAGCCUGGAGGCCACAUCCGGUCUGGCUUUCCAGUGUCCGUUUUUCUUGGAAACGGAGGUUGGCGGCCCGGAGCUUGGAGGCGGAGAAUGGGCCGACGCCAUCGCCAGGCCGCAGCCCCCUGGACUCGCAGGCGAGCCCGGGACUCGUGCUACACGCUGGGGUGGCCACCAGCCAGCGCCGAGAAUCCUUUCUUUACCGCUCAGACAGCGACUAUGACAUGUCACCCAAGACCAUGUCCCGGAACUCGUCGGUCACCAGCGAGGCGCAUGCAGAGGACCUCAUCGUGACACCGUUCGCCCAGGUGCUGGCCAGUCUCCGGAGCGUUCGCAGCAACUUCUCCCUCCUGACCAAUGUGCCCAUUCCCAGCAACAAGCGGUCCCCGCUGGGUGGCCCAACCCCCAUCUGCAAGGCCACGCUAUCAGAAGAGACGUGUCAGCAGUUGGCCCGGGAGACGCUGGAGGAGCUCGACUGGUGUCUGGAGCAGCUGGAGACCAUGCAGACCUACCGCUCUGUUAGCGAGAUGGCAUCCCACAAGUUCAAGAGGAUGCUAAACCGUGAACUCACACACCUGUCAGAGAUGAGCAGGUCAGGAAACCAGGUCUCUGAGUACAUCUCCACCACAUUCCUAGACAAGCAGAAUGAAGUGGAGAUCCCAUCACCCGCAAUGAAGGAUCGAGAAAAACAGCAAGUCCCACGGCAGAGACCUUCCCAGCAGCCUCCGCCCCCUGGGCCACAGUUCCAGCCCAUGUCUCAGAUCACCGGGGUGAAGAAGGUGGUGCAUAGCAGCAGCCUGAACGAUUCCAGCAUCCCCCGCUUUGGGGUGAACACCGAUCAAGAGGAACUCCUGGCCCAAGAAUUGGAAAAUCUGAACAAGUGGGGCCUGAACAUCUUUUGCGUGUCGGAUUAUGCGGGGGGCCGUUCCCUCAGCUGCAUCAUGUACACGAUAUUCCAGGAGCGGGACCUGCUGAAGAAGUUCCGCAUCCCGGUGGACACGAUGGUUACAUACAUGCUGACCCUGGAGGACCACUACCACCCCGAUGUGGCCUACCACAACAGCCUGCACGCGGCUGACGUGCUGCAGUCCACCCACGUGCUGCUGGCCACACCUGCACUGGAUGCCGUAUUCACGGACCUGGAGAUUCUCGCCGCCCUCUUCGCAGCUUCCAUCCAUGAUGUGGACCACCCUGGGGUCUCCAACCAGUUCCUCAUCAACACCAAUUCUGAACUGGCGCUCAUGUACAAUGACGAGUCGGUGCUGGAGAAUCACCACCUGGCCGUGGGCUUCAAGCUGCUGCAGGAAGACAACUGCGACAUUUUCCAGAACCUCAGCAAGCGCCAGCGGCAAAGCCUGCGCAAGAUGGUCAUCGACAUGGUGCUGGCCACGGACAUGUCCAAGCACAUGACCCUCCUGGCUGACCUGAAGACCAUGGUGGAGACCAAGAAAGUGACCAGCUCGGGGGUCCUCUUGCUGGAUAACUAUGCCGACCGCAUCCAGGUCCUACGGAACAUGGUGCACUGUGCAGAUCUCAGCAACCCCACCAAGCCGCUGGAGCUGUACCGCCAGUGGACCGACCGCAUCAUGGCCGAGUUCUUCCAGCAGGGUGACCGUGAACGCGAGCGUGGCAUGGAGAUCAGCCCCAUGUGCGACAAGCACACGGCCUCGGUGGAGAAGUCUCAGGUGGGUUUCAUCGACUACAUUGUGCACCCGCUGUGGGAGACGUGGGCCGACUUGGUUCACCCAGAUGCCCAAGAGAUCCUGGACACUUUGGAGGACAACCGGGACUGGUACUACAGCGCCAUUCGGCAGAGCCCAUCGCCACCACCCGAGGAGGAGCCUGGGGGACCAGGCCACCCCCCUCCACCGGAUAAGUUCCAGUUUGAGCUGACGCUGGAGGAGGAAGAAGAGGAGGAGGUGUCCACUGCCCCAGGUGCAACUGAAGUGCAGGAAUUGUCCACCGCCCAGGACGUGUUCCCAGCUGAGGAACCGUUGGAGGUCGAUGGCCAGGACCAGUCUACGGAGGUGGAGGUACAGGAAAUGUACUUGACACAGCAAGCAGACUCAGCAGAUAGUGUGGCUGAGGGUCAGGACGCGUCCACGCCCCCAGGUGCAUCUGUAGGCUGCAGCAGCCCCCCUGCCCUGUCUCCCGAGAGCCUCCCUCUGCCUGUCUUGAGGACCCCGCCCCCUCCAGAGGAGGACCCGGGCCUUCUGGGCCUCCCCUCCACGGCGGCCGAGGUGGGGGCCCAAAAAGAGGAUCAGGCUGCCAAAAGGGCGUGCUGCGCCUGCACAGGAACAUCGGGCGAGGAUCCAUCCACACUCCCAGCUCCUGGAGGGUGGGGGGCAGCCGGAGGCCCUGCCUGAGCCUCAGCCUCUACACCCCGUUGGCCUCCCUGCCUCCCGCCACCACCAUCACCCCCCCACCUCCUCCACUGCCUCAAAGACUCUUGGGCCUCCUGAGAAAAAAGAAAACAGAAAAGUGGGGUUUUUUCUCUUUUCUUUUUUUCCCCUUUCCCCCCACCCCCUCCCAUGGGGCCUCUUUUUGGAGGUGGGGGCUGGGGAACAAGGGGCUGAGGUCCCCGAAGGGAUUUUAUUUUUGGAAUUUUAAUUGUUACAUUUUUAGAAAAAAAAAACAAAAAAAAAACCAAAAAAGCCCAGGAUGAAACACAGCAACUGUAGAUGCUCCUGUACCCAGCUCCCCUCGGCCAGCUCCACCCCCCUCCUCUGACC